AUGAAUUCUUUCUUCGAUGAAUUUGUCAAUGCUAGUACCGGUUUGAAAGAGUUUAUAGAGAAUUCACGGAAAACGUUGGAGAAACAACAUUUACGUGAAAGAGAGGCUGAUUAUGAAAAAAAGAACAAGGAAAGGUCCAAAAUAACAUCAUCAUCAUUGGAGAAUCAUGCGGCAUCUACCUACAUGAAAGAAAUGCUUAGACGUUUUCAACACGAACUCAAAGAAAGUGGAGCUUAUGUCGUGAUUGAGAAAAAGAGCAAUGCAAUUUACCAGCAUUACGAGGCAUACAAAACAACGGUCCAAGAGGAGUAUAGAAAAUACUAUGUUUUGAUCGUCACCGAGAAUGGCACCAUAACUUGUGUUUGUCGAAAAUUUGAAAGUUCGGGAAUCCUUUGCCGUCAUAUUAUUCGAUACUUGUAUAAGAUGCAAUGGUCAGAGAUUCCUAAGCAGUACAUCACUUUGAGAUGGAUGGUUGGAGGCAAUGAAAGAGUGGGAGCCUUACAACACAAGCAUCCUAAAAUUGGUGAUUUUCUUCUGAAAGGCAUAUGUUAA